AUGGUAGGAACCUUUCUUUUACUGUAUUGUGUAUGUGGGAUUAUAGCAAGCACGCAGAUAUUGAGAGGAGAGGUGGGUCUAACGGAAUAUGCAUCUGCAGCAGGAUUAGCAAUCAUCGUUGUGAUUUUCUCCAUAGGAUCAGUCUCUGGUGCUCAUGUUAAUCCAGCUGUUACCAUUGCCUUUGCAACUUUUGGUCAUUUUCCAUGGUCCAGGAUAACAAGCAUGUUGGGAACACAGACAUAUCAGAAGUUGAAUAAAUGUAAGAAAGCAGAAGUAUAA